AAAAACUAGCUAAGUGUCAGAGGGCAAUGGAAAGAAGUAUGUUGGGUAAGACUGACUGACAAAAUCACCUCAAAUGAGAUAAAAAACAGGACAAACCUUACGGAUGUUCUCAAAAGAAUCGACCAUUUGAAAUGGCGUUGGACGGGUCACAUGUUACGUUGCAAAACCGACAAAUGGAGCAAGCAGGUAACACUCUGGUACCUAAGAGAUGGUCCCAGACAACGUGGACGUCCAUCAAGGGCGGGAAGACGACAUCCGCCUAACCCUGGGGCCACGCUGGACCAGAGUUGCGGCUGACAGGAUGCAGUGGAAGCAGCUGGAGAAGGCCUAUGUCAGGAGACACUAUGAACAGCUGGACAUACUAUAAACAGAUCUUACCUAAAACCUAUAUUACUAAAGGCUGUUUCAAAUAAAAGGCUAUUUAUUUAUUUAAUAUUAGUAAGAGAAUGAAAAUGAAUGUUUAAAAUACCCAUAAAACAUCUUAGGUAGACUCAAUUUCCCAUUGCCGAUGCAUUGCAUGUUUUUUUUAUCGAGAAAAAAAUAUAUCUACGUAGGUAGGUAUAACUAAGUAUCCAAAUAUACAGUAGAUUGAAUAUAAUAACGUAAUAUCAACUGAAAAUAAUAAAGAUAGGUAGGUAGGUAUUACUUUUGUAUAUAGGGUAUCUUAAUAUUAUAGUGUUAUGAUACCUACAUAAAUGAUCAUAACAAAAAUAUGUAAAUUGACAUCAAUGUCCUUUGAUAUUUCCUGUUAUCCUAUUAUUAUAUUGUUUGCAAAUGAGCUUCUUAAAUGUCUAAUUAAAAUAAUCCUAUUAUUUUGAUUUAACUUAAAUGCAAGAUAUUAAUUUUAUAAAAAUGCAUACAAUAUAUUAUAUAAAACCAAUGUCAUAUUAGAAAGUGUCCGAGGUGGAUUGUCGUCUGCAAGACAGAGUAUCUUAAUGUCCUUUUAGUGAAUAAGAAGAAAGUGAUUUGUGAUUUAUUUUAACUAUUAGGGUCUAAUAUUUAUUAAAACACAAAAGGUACAUCUUAACUAUUAAAAUAGGCGUACAUUGAAAUAAAUUAACUAAGACUAUAAAAUUAAAACUAAUACUUAAAAAAUUUGCAGCCCUUGGUAGGGUGCCCAUCAUACAGGCAGCAUUCAUACGUUGAAUUGUGAUUGAAAUUUUCUUUGCCCGAGGGACGCCCGUUGCCUCCCUGAGGCGUUUGUUAAUCAUAUAGUACUUAUUUCAUAAUUCUAAAACUACCUACUUAUAUGCUUGUUUGUUGUUCAAGAGAUUUAACUGAAUACUUGCAAUGAGAACGAGAGUCUUUUACAAUCCACAUUGUGUUGAAACUUCAAUAUUAUAUCGAAAUUGGAGUCCUAUUGUACCAAAAAUAAUAAAUAAUGUAUAUUUACACAGCAAAGCUUCCUCAACAAUUGACCCCAAAGAUUUUUUUCAAGCAAAUCCAAAAAUAUUGAAAACAUACUGGGAUCCCAAAGGACCAUUUAAAAUUAUACAUGACUUUAACUGUAUUCGAUUGCCUUAUAUAAGAGAUAGUCUUGCUGAUGGACCUGGUGAAAACUUCUCUACUUGUUUAAAAGGGAUGAAAAUCCUCGACGUUGGUUGUGCAGGAGGCUUGCUUUCGGAGAGUUUGGCUAUGUGCGGCGCUGAAGUCACAGGAGUAGAUGCAAGCAAAGAAUUCAUCGAAGUGGCCAAAAGCCAUAGCUCCAAGAACAAACGCUUGAUGAAUAAGAGGCCAACAUAUAUUUUAUCUACAAUUGAGGAACACUGCAAUGAAUUCGCCGACUCAUACGAUGCUAUCAUAGCCUCUGAUGUUAUAGACCAUGUUAAUGAACAGGAACUGUUCGUUGAAUCCUGCGUGCGUGUCACAAAGCCGGGCGGAAAACUAUUCUUUAUGGCACCUAACAAGACGCGGUUUGCCCAAUUCUAUAUGAUAUUUAUGUUUGAAAAUGUUUUGAAAUGUUUCCCGAAAAAUGCGAAUAAAUACGAAAAGUUUAUUGCACCAAACCAUCUACAAGAUAUGCUAGAAACGAAUGAUUGCUACGUAGUAUCCACAAGAGGUUCCUUUUACUAUCCGUGGAGUCAAACUUGGGCGUGGACUCAUACCAAAAUACUAAGCUACGCUAUUGAGGCUGUUAAAUCUACCUAAUCAACGUAGAAGUAGUAGGUAGGUAUAUAACGCAUUUUAUCUCGGACAUAGUAGGGGAGCCCGGGAUGCUAAAUAUUGCAGUUACUAAAGUAUCAUUGGAAUCGAUUUGGUAAAUUAAAUGAUAGAAAAAUAAAUGGUUAUAUACCUACUUUUUUCGCUUUCAGCGGUAAGGAAAAAAACUACAGACUUUGAAGACAAUUUUUAAUUCUUCGGCUUACUGAAAUCGUUAGAUAACAUUCAUAUUAGAUAUUCAAAAUAAGUAAAAAAUAACCGUGGCUCGUGGCUCGAUAACAGAAAUAUUUACAGAAUGGUUUUAUUUUUGUUUUUUAAAUAAAUACCAUAGAAUAGUUACAUACUAAUUUUUAAAAGUAGGUAAUUCUCACAAAAUUGUAUAUAAGUACUGGAAAUAGAAGGCUUUUUUUUAUUUUUUUUAAAUUUAUAUUUUGUAACUUUAGAACCCUCCCAUUCCUUUAAUCUUUAGAUUUUCGAAAUGCACACCUUUUAGCUAUCAACUCACCUUCCUCAUCUUAAUCUGACGUGCUGGUUGAGUAUUUCUGAAUUUAGUUUUUUUUUGGUUGCCCUUAACGUACCCACCAAUAUUAAGGGCUCAUACUUUGUGAAGGUACUGAACAAAGUGCAAAUAUUCAUCCGUGUCCUGAGAAUUAUAAUUUUUUUUUGGUGUAGUGCCGAUGGCUCCAUGUGGGACCUCUACGGCGACACCGGGGGGUUUUGGCGAGCGCAGGAGCAUCGCCUGAUGAGACCUGAAGGCUGAAAUGAAGAUAGAGGACGGAACAACUCUCUAAGGGCGUCUCCUAUGAGACUCAGACCUUGGCUUAGCUUACCGUGACUUGAGUGAAUCAGUCCGGACGCCCACAAGAUCGUGAGUUAGAAAACCCACGUCCGGGUGACGUUAGAUAUCGGGGACCUCGUCUUCGCCAGCGAAGUCGCUGUGUAGCUUGUGGUUGUGUUGCCCGGUCGGUCAUCAUGUCAUCGUCUGGAUCGUAAAGGACGUUUUUGGGACGCCUCUGGCUUGAAGUUAGCGUUGAGGUUGGGAGUGUAGUUACAGGCCUCAACCACUAGUUGGUUGGAAUGGAUUGCAGCUCUGUCGUAAUAGUUUUGAGAGAGCUGUUUCAUGUAACUAGCUAUUGAAGGUAAAUCUAAGUGUCAAUGGAGGUCGUUGUUCCGUACAAACCACGGUGCGCCUGUGAUUUGUCGCAAAAACGGUUUUGCAAUGUUUGGAGCGGCUUAAGGGUCUUUUUGGGACCACUACACACUACACUAGCGUAGGUUGAGAUCGGACGGAUCGUUGUUUUAUAAAGCGUUAGCUUUUAACGGAGGGAGAGAAUUAUUGCCACGACAGCUGUUACAGUUGCAUUUGCUGAAAGGAGUUUUUCGAGGCUUAAUAUUAUUAAAACUUAAUUUAAUGACACAAGAUAGGCUUUCAGCCUUUGCUAUUUUUUCAAUCAAAAAUGACGUAGCUCAUUUUGUAUUGAAAAAAUGCUCGUUAUGGUAAAAAAAAAGUUUUACAAUAAUAUUAAAAUUACGUACCUACAUAUCUAUAACUACAUGUUAUAAAAAUUAAAAAGGAAAUAUACUAAAUUUAAAUUAUAUCUAAAGGCGCAGGCGUCGUAGAUUUCGUCCGAAUCGACAAUCAUAGGUAAAGUGCCCAGAAGGCUGGCAGUAUUGCCACGUUGUAUGGCAAUACUAAUUCUUUGGCCUAAAUAUAGGCCAGCCUUCUGGUCACGGGAGGUGUCAAUUAAACGCUUUGCAAUUUCUUUGUAAAGAAAGCGUGUACUCGGACCCCAAGGUCCUAGUGUUUCGACCGCAAACGGCUCAAAUAUGUAAUCUCCGACGAGAAUGCUAUAUUUGCGCGGCUUGAGGGUCUCUGCUGAGGCAGCAGCAGCGCCCGCACAUCCCAUCGUGCCAGGAAGAUGUGAAGGCGCAAGGGUGUCUACACAAGUCGCGUCCCACACCAAAGGCCUGCCCAUCUUCAAUGGCAUCAAAGACAUGCCGUCUGGUCUCUUACCAUCGUCACGCGCCAAACCGUUAGGUUCUAAAACGGCUGGCACGCCGGCGGUGACAAGAGCACGACGUGUGAUGUCGUUCAGGCUAGCGUGCCGCGGAAUACGGCCAGUGCUCCUACUGCAAGAAAGACCGUGGUGUCCGAGUUUAUCGACUAGCUCUCCACAGAUACUGCGAUGCGGAGAACGGAGAGCCUAAGCGAAGGCAGGUAGCGAUACGGAAUGUUGUGUCGUCCAACAAGGUACCAGUGCUGGACGAAGGAAUUGCUUGUUGCCAAAGCCCCGAAUCCCAUUCUCCCACAGCCAGAAAACGGGCAUGCCCCGCAGCGUUGGUGGAGGUACUAAUAAGUUACUCUCUUACCAGUCUGCAGAGCGGCUCAUCCCACUGUCUCUGGGAAAAUAUUUUUUUGGUAAAUCAGUGCUCGGACAAGCUGUUUUCCAAGCAUUCAUGGCCUCGUUCUUAUACGACACUUCAAAAUUAACCAGUGUGGAUACUAAAAUUUUCCUGAUUAAUUCCUCCGUGGCGUGGACCGAGGACAAGAACGCUGUUAAGCUAACGUCAGAAAUGCGAAUGCUAAUGCCGCCCAAGCGUACUGGUAAAGUCGCCUAUAGCCACACUCGGUCAUUUAAGGCCACAUUUAAAAUUUUACAUAGAGAAUUUUGCAUAAUUGUCAAUGUGUGCCAAAGCUGGCAAGUUUUUCCAAAAAUGCUCGUUAUACAUAUAUAAUCAUUGGGCUAAAUAAAAGAUUUUAGUUUUAGAAAAAGCAGCAAACAUCAAUUAUAAAAUUUAAAAUCUAUAAUUUUUUUUUAAUUUUGUAAAAUGAUUUUAAAACUGAAAUUUUAUAUAUUUUUAAUAACUUAUGCAUUUCUCGUAAAACAUGACAAAUGCCUUAACCAAAUAAUUAGACCUACUUUCGCAUUACAUACGACUUAUGGAAAACAAAGGGCCUCGCAAAAACCUGCUGUCCGGAGCCUCGCAAUGGGUAAGACCGCCACUAUUUGUCCGGAAUGCUAGACGUUCUCGUUAGGGUUCUUCGGUUGGGUCUCAGAGUAGAGAAAUCUUCUGAGCCGGCUAUCAUUUGGCAUAUCUUCGAAGCGUUAUUCCAUUUCUGAUUCUGUGAACAUCGGUCAAACCGAUAUCGGAUAACAUAAAUAAGCGAUCUUUUCCUUCUCUUAUUCUCUGUACACCUAUUACUAAGUAAGCUGUAAAGACAUAUGCCUGUAGUAUUGGACGUGCUUUGAUUAUGUGGCACGUGGGAUGAAUGUCCACUGCAGACUAUUGGUUUGGAAACUGUUGUAUCAUCACUAACAUUAUACGGUUUACUAUAACUGUCAUUCAUAAAUUUACUAUCACUGACGAUAAACGGUUUACUAUUACGGUCAUUCAUAAAUUUAUGAUCACUGACAUUAAACAGUUUACUAUCACAGUCAUUCACUGAUUUAUUAUCACUGACAUUAAACGGUGUGCCAUCACUGCCAUUAAUGUUUAUAUUGUCCGUUUUUCUGACUAUACCAUUACUUUUCAGAAUCUCUGGAACAUUCAAGUUCAGUUUGUUGUUAGUUACUUCGUUAACUUUUGAUCGCAGCUCCGUUUUGAUUGAUAAUAACUGUCCAUUCUCGUGGUUCGGAAUUUGACAGCUGACAGCGAUUAUUGCAAUGACCAGUAUUACAAGCUUGUUCAGCAUUUUGAUAUAGUUAAAAAUAUUACUACACUCAGCUAUAGAGACACCUACUCCAAUGGAAGACUGAAUACAGGAAAGUGUGUUCCCAACUAUUUAUAUUACCGAAUAAUUUGUGCGAUUUUCCUUUGUGGUAAAUUUAAAAGCUUAUUGGUAUAUAGCGGACGCCCGCGGCUUCGUGCGCGAUGUAUUCGGGUCUGACGGACAAGCAAGCAAGCAAACAAACAAACAAACUCUUCAGCUUUAUAAUAUUAGUAUAGAUUUUAAGUACAUUUUUCAUUUCUGUUUCGUUCUAAAAAGUGGGCCCAAUUUCGAACA